UACGAUUUUAAUGUUUUAUGUAUCAAAAAAAUCUAAAAUAGUGUCGUGUUUGAUGAUUAAUUUGCGAAUUAUAUAUUUCUAUUUUUAGUGUUUUAAAUUUAACGAUCUCACGUCUUGUUUUUAAUCUUAUUAUACAUGAAUUCUUUUAACUUACAAAAUUACAAUGUAUCCUUGAGGUUACCCUAAAUUAAGAGUAGACAUACUCAAUUAUACAUUUAUAUCUUAAUUCAUAGUGAGAACUAGUCACAAUAAUUUCAUUUACUAACGGUUUUCAAAUAGCGGUAUUUAUAAAAUUUUAAAUUCCAGUUGAUGAUCACAUUCCAUUUCAUACAAUAUGAAUGACGAAGAAGUAAUUUGGCGUAAGCUGCUCAUUGAUGGUGAUGGAAUUGGUGAUGAUAGGCGUUUAAAUAUUUUGUUAAAAACAUAUUUAAAGUGGUGUAACACAAAAUACACAGAUCCUCUUGAAAGUCAAAAAGCUAUGGAGAAGAUGUUGGUUCACCUCAAUUUGUGUGAGCAUGCUAUGAAGAAAUCUCAAGCUGUUUCACGUAUGAAUGCAGAAGAAAUGUUAAUGUAUGAUAAUAUGUCUAGUGAAAUUGAUCACAAUAUAACAAAUACAAAAACUGAGAUAGAUCGCGCAAAAGAAGAAUUAAAAAAAGCCAAAACCAUAAGAAGAAAUCGAAUGGAGUAUGAUGUUCUAGCCAAGCUCAUUAUUCAACACCCUCCUAGAACUGAAACUGCUAAACGUCUUGAUGAUUUGAAAGAUGAACUUCAAGCAUUAAAAAUGACAAAAAAUGAAAUAAAUCAAAAACUUGAUAAGAGAAGAAAACAACUGCAUGUACUCAUGUCUGCAUUAAAUGACUUAACAGAUAGUUUAGAUGAUAGUGGCUCGAUGAGUGAAGAUAUGUCGUAUGAGACCUUUGAUGAUGAAGAUCUUGAUAUAUUGACAAGAAAAGAUGAUGCCGAGGAACCAAUGUCUGAUUAAUCAUUAAAAAAAAAUAAAACUAUUAAUAAAUGCCCAAUAAAAUGUUUUAUAUUAUUAGUAUCAUGUAUCAACAAUAGGAAAAUACUUUAAAUAAUUUAAUACA